AUGACUGACGCUAGACCAUCCACCGACCACAGUCCGACAUCUACCGAGGAAGAGACGCUCCCCUUACUCUACGAUCUUGACAAGCUGACGCAGAUUCCAGAAGGGGAGUUCACCAAGGACAUUCCCCCACCGCCGAUCGGGGAGUUUAACAAGAAUAAAAAACAGAAUCCGACGCGAAAUGGACGGCCAGGAACUUCGUCGGCACCGGCCGGCUCUGGAAACCAGGUUGAGGUCGAUGAGGAGGAUGGGGGGGAGGAGGAGGAGGAGGAAAGCGAUGACGAAAACGACGAGCGUCCGCCGCGUAGCACUAGUCAGCGCACCUUGGAAGAACGGCUCAGGCGGGAACUUGAAUACAUAGAUGAUCUGCUCGAACAGGACGAGGAUGCCGACCAGGAGAAUUUGUCGGUGCCGCGCGAACAGUGGAGGGCGGCAGACUUCGUCGAGGAAGACAUGGUGUACGCGACCAUCGACGUGCUCGUCUUGGACGCCCUACGCCACCUGCAAACCGUGGAGAGGAACAGCACGCUGAGGCAGUACACCUCGUGGAUCUAUCACUACAAGAGGUGGGCGGCGAAGAUGUUGAGGCAAAUUCGCAACAAGCUUCCGCAGGAGUACAGGCUUAAGCACGUCGACGAGAUAGGGCACUACAUCCGGGACAACAAGAAGAAAAACUGGGACCAAGAGGCCGAUGUCCCCCGGUCGUACGUGUGGUUGCACGGCCCUAGGGUCACCAAGUCCCGGCUUCGCGCAUACGUGAAGUACAUGGUUCGGGAGUUGAAUCUCGAUGCCGAGUCCAGCAAGAAGGGCGACAACGCCACAGGAACACAGCCUGUGCAAUCUACAACGGUGCACACGCUCCUCGGGCGCAUAAAGGCAUGCCAGAUGGCGGCGAGAGUGGAGGCGACGAUAUACCGGGAGACGGAGCUGAGCAUCAUGCGAGAGAUAUCGGUGGUCAGGUCGGAGGUGCGGUUCAUGAUCCGCACCAAGAACGAGCGGGACAUCAAGAACUGCACCGAUCGGCGUCGCGGAACAAUCGGCGAUACCUACACCGCCGAGCAGUUCCGCCAGAUCAUGUUCAGGGUGCUGCCGACGUGGGCGGCCAAGGCGUGGAACCCGCGGGGUACGGGCCCGUCGCAGACGCUAUGGCGGUUUCUGCUGUUGAAGGUGCUCACGCUACUCUCCCACCACUCUCUUCUGCGCGGUGCAAGCAUCCGCGAGAUCACGCUCCCCGACAUAUUCUUGUACCGACUGGCGAGCACCUCGUCGGUGAACCCGGAGAACCAGCCGGUCGUCAUGGUCAUCGCUGCGCGGAACUCGAAGACGUCCAAGGAUGCGCGUCUGCAGCAGAGCUACGCUGCACGGCACCUCGAAGCGGAGUUGUGCGCCGUCGGCGAGACGGGCCUGUGGUUGCACUUCAUCCUCGACCAGAUCGGCCAGUUUCACGGCGUCCGCCUCAUUCCGCCGGAGCUGGCCAUCGACGGCACGCCGCGCGCCGAGAUCGCGGAGCUGGGUCACUGGGCGCUCGACAAGAUGACGCGAGCGUACAUCACCGCCAUUCCGGUGGGGGUGGUGAUGAAGAAGGCCGGUUACUCUGGUUACAAGCAGGACUACUUCUUGGGCCGGAGCAGGGUGGAGCCCUCCGAUAAGCUCUUCAAGCUCCUCGCCGAGCACAUCUUCCCCGGUGUCGACGACAUGCUGAAGACGGCGGAAGGGAAGGCUGCCGAGGGGUCCGACGCCGACAAAGCCGCGGUGCACUUCUGGCGCACACUCCAGAUGCUGCGCCGCAUCGUCGCCGAGGACCUAGCGGUGAAGCUGGUCCGCACACCAUGGCACCCGUACGUCCAAGGCUCCCUGCUCUGCCGGAUCCCCCUCUUCCAGCACUGGGCGAAACGGGUCGAGAGGGUCGACACCGAGACGAUCAACAAGCGUCGGGACCCGACCCAAAUUCAGGAAGAGGAAAUCUCUGUCCGCAUGGACACCGAGUACUACAACAUAUCCCUCAAGGCGAAGCUGACGAAGGAGAUGGAGCGUGCCGUGAACGAGAAGAUUGACUUCCUGGAGGAGCUCGAGAAGCGCGACGACACCAUCGCGUCUCUCACCGCCGAGAUAACCCGUCUCACCGAGGCACUCCGUGUGUCAGAAGCACGGAGAGUGCCGGAGGCCCCGCCGUGUGCUACCGCGCAAGCUCCCAGCGAGAGUGGCUCGGCGGAUUCGGCCAACAUGGGAGCCGGCGCCGACGGAGGGGACGACAAACCCCCGCCACCCCCACAGACGGACGUGGAGGCUAGUUACGAGCUCAACGUGGUACAACCGUGGCGGGAGGCCAAGACCGUGAGGAACGCCUGGCGCCUCUGGAACUCCGCCACCGCUAAUGACACCCGUCGGCUUUGCGACAGGAUGGCCGAGCCGGGGUUCAUCGACCGCCACACCCUCCUCGCCGGCGCGACGCAGGGUGCACUCAACAAGAGGGUGCGCCGCAUGCUGAAGGUCAUGGAUGCGGUGCGCCAGCUACGCGUGAGCGACGGCGACGCCGACACCGAGGCCGUGGUCGACACACUGCACAGGAUCGCGGCAUCAGGCAUCGGGACCUUCGCCGAUGCCCUCACGGUGCUCAAACCAGGAACGGCACCGAUGUUGUCCAAAGAGCCUGGUUUGGGAGUCAAGGGGCUGGGCCCCAAGGUGGUCUCGAAGCUACGCCUCGCCUGUGCGCUUGUGGCGCUCAACUUGAAGCAGAGUGAUUGGGUCGAAACCCUGUUUCCAGACACGUGGGAGGAGCAGAUGCCGAAGACCAAGGCCGACCUGGCGAAGCCGACGGCACCGGCCAAGUCGACAGCACCGCUCCGUUUGUAA